AUGGAUGCGGAUGGAUCUGGUAAACUGAAUCUAGGAGAACUUCAAAACACAGCCAUCCGCUUGUCGGACUUGGCUGGCCGUGUGCAAACUUUUCGCGAAGAGAACAAGGGCAUGUCGGCCGAGAACUGCUUGCUGGAAUUUGGACAAUUGCUGCAAAUGGGACAUGAUCUCGUUGGACCUCAAGCACAUCCGCUUCUCCCGGACAGCCACAUCUCAGCUUCCAGCUACUUCAAUGAACGAGCAGAGUAUGGCAAGCAACAGAUGUGGCGGUCGCGACUGGAUUGCAUCGACUCUUGCUGGGUUGGAAAGCCCAAAGACCAAGAUCCAAAUCCCUGGCUUCAGUGGCAGUUUUCCUCAUGCAGAGAGAUCCGGGCUAUUGGGACAAAGGGCAGGCCCGAUACCGACAGCUGGGUCACAAAGUUCACGAUCAAAUAUUUGGCGGAAGAGCUUGAGGAUGAUGAGGAGAUUCCAGACACUUGUCAUCACCUGUAA